GCUCUCGCGGGCCCUGCCUGUCAGGAUCAGAUCAACCAUUGACUUGCCCUCUAUCAUAGUCAGCUGAAAGCGACUUCUCAAGUUUCUUCAGGAUGCCUGCAGCACUUGUGGAGAACAGCCAGGUUAUCUGUGAAGUCUGGGCCAGCAAUCUAGAAGAAGAGAUGAGGAAGAUCCGAGAAAUUGUGCUCAGUUACAGUUAUAUUGCCAUGGACACAGAAUUUCCAGGUGUUGUGGUACGGCCAAUUGGUGAAUUUCGUAGUUCCAUAGAUUACCAGUAUCAGCUUUUACGGUGCAAUGUUGACCUUUUAAAAAUUAUCCAGCUGGGCCUUACAUUCACAAAUGAGAAGGGAGAAUAUCCUUCUGGAAUCAACACUUGGCAGUUCAACUUCAAAUUCAACCUUACAGAGGACAUGUACUCCCAGGAUUCCAUAGAUCUCCUUGCAAAUUCAGGACUGCAGUUUCAGAAGCAUGAAGAGGAAGGGAUUGACACAUUGCACUUUGCGGAGCUGCUUAUGACAUCAGGGGUGGUUCUCUGUGACAAUGUCAAAUGGCUUUCAUUUCACAGUGGCUAUGAUUUUGGCUACAUGGUAAAGUUACUUACGGAUUCUCGUUUGCCAGAAGAGGAACAUGAAUUCUUUCAUAUUCUGAACCUUUUCUUCCCAUCCAUUUAUGAUGUGAAAUACCUGAUGAAGAGUUGCAAAAAUCUUAAGGGAGGUCUUCAGGAAGUUGCUGAUCAGUUGGAUUUGCAGAGAAUUGGAAGGCAGCAUCAGGCAGGCUCAGACUCACUGCUGACAGGAAUGGCAUUCUUCAGGAUGAAAGAGUUGUUUUUUGAGGACAGUAUUGAUGAUGCCAAGUACUGUGGGCGGCUUUAUGGCCUGGGCACGGGAGUGGCCCAGAAGCAGAAUGAGGAUGUGGACUCUGCCCAGGAGAAGAUGAGCAUCCUGGCGAUCAUCAACAACAUGCAGCAGUGAUGGUGGCGAGGCUGUCCUGGGUGCGCCUGCCCCAGAGUGGUGCUUACUGUGCUGACUGUGUAUACUUAUCUUCCUCCCCAAGAGAAAUGCUUCUUUUGAGCAAACUGAACUUACCAUCUGCAUUGAGCAGAAAGACUUGUUUUACUGAAGACAAAGAGGUCUUUUAGAUCCAGAAGAGGGGGGUUUGCUCUGAAUUUGUAAACAAGUCUUACCUACCUGUUCCUCAUCCCCAGGCCUCUUCUCCAGUUGCCUCCUGCCACCAGCAUUCAUGGCUCAUUUGCAACCUUUUAAAAUAUCCAGGACGAGUGAGAAACAAACUAGUAAAAUGUAUAUAACUCUUACGUGUUGUCAUUCUUUUUCUUUUAAAUUUGUUGCUAAUCUCUGAGGAUGAAGACUUGCUAUGAAUCUCAGCUGAGCUGAGGGCUUCCAGGAAAAGUGGAACAAAACGGUAUUCUUAAGUGUGGGUGGUAGGUGUUGAGUCUUAUCCUUUCCUUUUUUUGACCCUUCUCAAGGACAAUUACUUUCCUCACACUUUGUUAGUCUUUUUUUUAUGUACUAUUAUUUGGAAAUGAAUUACAUGCUCAUUGCUGACAUUUGAAGACCAGAUAAUGAAAACUUGCCUAAAAACAAUAUUCGACUGAAUCUGUCUAUGCAUCAGGAACACCAGAGUGGGCAUUAAGUCAACCACUUAAGUGUCUUUACGUUCUUUUGUGCCACUGGGAUUUGUCACAUGUGCGUCAUUUGAAAUCAUCUUACGUUUUCAUGUAGUAAAAUCAUGGAUUUGAUCCUGAAGGACAUUAGUUAAGAUCAGAAUUUUGGAUCAUAAGUCUGUUGUGAUUUUGGAUGGUCAUUUGUAUUCCCCACCCCUCUUCUCUGUUUUCCCUGCUUUUUCUUUCAGCAAACAUGAGAAGUUCGGAGGAUGGAUUCAUGUGAGUGCCAGGAAUGUGAAUCUUUGAAAAGUUUUAGUGGUUCAUGUAAACAGGGCAGUACAGAAUUUGAUUUGUAGAGUUCUCUUGGAGUAAUAUCCCACAACUGGGGUAGAAAACUCAGGACUGUGAUUUUUUUUUUUUCUUCUCAAAAGAAUUAAAUGUAGUCAUUUAAAAAGUACACUGUAUUUUUUUUUUUUUUUGAAUGACUACAGUAAGAACAAUUUUGAAAAACCAAAACCCAUUAGUGAUGGUGGAAAUGAAAACUGGCAACUCACGGAAGUGGAUGAAUAGUCUUGCAUUUUAAAAGCUUAUAGAAAACUCAAUUUGAAAUGAUUAAAAAAUGUCAAGUAUUAUAAGCUGGUAUUUAAGAUGCUUGUAAAUAUAUUUAUGUUUUUAAUUUUGUAUAAUAAAGAUUUCUUUUUAACUACUGGCA